GUGUGUAGACAACACCAAGCUGAGCAGUGCAAUUGAUACACCGGAAGGAAGGAAAGGCAUCCAGAGGGCCUUGGGCACACUGGAGAAGUGGGUCCACGUGAAGCUCAUGAGCUUCAACAAGGCCAGAUGCAAGGUGUCGCACUUGGGCCGGGGAAAACCCAGGUAUCUCUAUAGGCUUGGGGAGGAUCUCCUUGAGAGCAGCCCCUGUGGAGAAGGGCUUGGCGGUCCUGCUAGAUGAGAAGCUGGACGUGAGCCAGCAGCGUGCGUUUACAGACCAGCCGUCUAUCAUCUGUGAAAAGUCAUGGAGAACAGGAGAGAAGCCUGAAGACUGGAGGAUAGCCAACGUCAUUUUAAUCUUCAGAAAGAUCAGCAAGAGGGACUCAGGCAACUAUAGGCCAGUCAGUCUCCCAUCCAUCCCGGGGAAAGUGUUAGAACUACUUAUUCUGGAUAUCAUCUUGAAGCAGGCGGAAAAAAAGGAAAAAAAAAAAAAUUAUCCAGAGUAGUAAGCAGAGAUUUGCUAAGAAAAAACAGUGCUUGACUACUGUGGUAGCCUUUGUAGAUGUCAUGUCAUGACUGGCUGGGUAGGUGGCUUAGUCGCCUGGCUUAAUGCUGGAUCUGAUAGACAUUUUGAAUCGCAGGAUCCUGGAAUGGCUUGGGUUGGAAGGGACAUUAAAGUCCAUCAGGUUCCAAACUCCUGCAGUGCGUUGGUUGCCACCCACUAGGUCAGGCUGCUUGGAGCCCUAACCAGUGAGGCCUUGAACAUCUCCACAGAGGGAGGCUCUCUAGACGUGGGGGCUCUCCCAUCAGCUGGAUGAGCAGGGAUGCUGCAGUGUGACUCUAGGACUGCAGCCCUGGACAAGGGACAGCUCCUCUCCUGUCUCUGGCAUGGUGCCCGUUGACCUGCCAGCAGGUCAAAGAAAGCAGACCUCGGAAGUUUGCCUGAAGCACUUUGUAUGCAGGCUUGAAGGGAAUCAUGCCCUUCCUAUGCCACUUUGCCUCGGGGAAUUGUAUGAGGGUUGAAGCUUUGAUGUGUGAAGGCUUGGAUAGGAAAGGAUCCUAAAACCCACCCAAGCCCAAGUGCCUGCCAUGGGAGCGCUGCCACCCAGCAGGUCAGGUUGGAACAGGGCCCUGUCCAACCUGGCCUGGAGUGUCUGCAGGGAUGGGCACCCACGGCCUCUCUGGGCAGCUGUGCCAGGGCCUCACCACCCUCCGAGUGAGGAAUUCCCUCUCACAGUUCCCCUGGCCUCCACUUUUCUCAGGUCAAAACCGCUCCCCCUUGUCCUCUCACCAUCAGACCAUGGAAAGUCAGUCAGCACACGCACUAGAAAUGCUGGCUGUGCUGUCGACCCGCAGACCUUUACUAGACUCUCUGCUGUGACGCCCCGGCACAAGCGCGGUGCGAAAGGCCUGAGGGAGGCCAUGCUUGCUCCCUGCUGGUGCAAGCACCCUGCUGAUGCAAGCACCCUGCUGAUGCAAGCACCGGGCCCAACGCUCUGUGCUGCCCACAGGAGCUGCUGCCCUCUUGUGUGGGUGCCACGCCCUCAGCCCUGUGAGGUGGUGGCCGUGAUGUCACAGUGGUGUCAGGGAGCGGCCAUUGUGACACGCGGGGCUGGGAGCAGAGCAAAGGCUGCUGGGCUGGGGCCGUGCUCAGUGCGGCCUGGUGAGGCGUGGAGAGAGCAGCGACUCUCUUGUUUCUCGCCAUCGAUGCCGAACAUGUCUGGAAGGAAGAAGGAGGCCCCCAAGUCUGGGAAGCCAGUGUGCAUGCUGUGCCGCAGGGCACGGGUCGACCCGGACAUCUGCGGGCAGACAUCUGCCGAUGGUGGGCUCUGUGCCCACCGCUUCUGCUUGUUCUUUGCCAACGGCCUUUUGAAAUGGAAACGCCCUACGGGGGGAAUUUUUGGCUUCCCCCCGGAUGCCAUCCAGCACACAAUCCAGCUGGCAGACCAGAAGCGCUGCUUUGUCUGUCGUGGGAAGGGAGCUGCCAUCAGCUGCGCAGAGACAGGCUGUGAGCGCAGCUUCCAUCUGCCCUGCGCCGAGAAGGGGGAAUGCGUCACGCAGUACUUUGGGCAGCACAGGUCCUUCUGCUGUGAGCAUCGCCCUCGGCAGGCAGCGGAGGCAGCUCCAUCCCACAACACUCUCUGCGUCAUCUGCCUGGAGCCCGUGGGGGACAGCACGUCCUACCACACCAUGGUGUGCCCGACGUGCAAACAGGCCUGGUUCCACCGGGGCUGCAUCAGGAAACAGGCCAUGCAUGCUGCCACCAUGCUCUUCGUCUGCCCUGUCUGCAGAGGAAAAGCGCGAUUCCGUGCCAAAAUGGCUAAGCUGGGGAUCCAAAUUCCAGUCAGACGACCAUCUUGGUGGGACGAUGAAGCGUACCAGGCGCUGCGAGAAAGGCACAGGCGCUGUGAUGUCAGCAUCUGCUAUUACCGAAGAGGCAGGGAGGAGGCAGAGGAACAGGGGCUCUGGCAGCUGCUCCUCUGCCGCUCCUGUGCCGCAAAUGGCACGCACUGGUACUGCUCCUACUGGUACAGCAGAGGAGGCACCUGGGAGUGCGAUACCUGUGCUGGUGAGGCCAUUGCGUCCCGCCGCAACUACGACCUCGGCAUCCCCAGCACUUCCAGCCAGAUGGCACCGGGGCCAUCCCCGGCAGCUGCACCCAGAAAGCAUCCCAGGCAGCGGGGGACUGGCCGCACAAGAAGCCGUUCCCCAUUGCAAGGUCGGGCCUCAGGCUCCCAGAGUCGGCCCCGAAGAUGCCGUGGCACCAGCCGUACAACAGCCCGAGGUGCUCAGAGCAGCACUCGCACCUCGGCCAGACCAGCACCACCGAGGUCCUCGAGGGCUUCCCCUCUGCCUGCACGCAGGAGGCAAUCCAGGCAGCGAGGGCGGGCCCACACUCGAAGCCGAUCCCCAGUGGGGCGUCGCGCUUCGACUUCCCGCAGCCGGCCCCGAGGAGGCCGUGGGAGCCGGUCCAGGCAGCGGGGACCGGCCCGGGCACCAAGCCGCUCCCGGGCCCAACAUCGCAGAAGACGUCCCCGCAGCCGGUCCCAAAGGCGGCGCUGAAGCAGCCACCCUGUUCCAUCCCCACGUGACGGUUGUGCUUCCAAGCGGCAAAGAAAAUAAACCGUGAAGAGAGUCCACACAUAUUGGCUUCAUUCUUCAGUGGACCAGCCCGGGCACAAAGCCUCUCUCAGGUGCAGCAACAGAGAAGACGUCCCCAUAGCCACCAGCAUCAGAGAAGACGUCCCCACAGCCAGUCCCAAAGACGGUGCAGAAGCGGCCGUGUCCCAUCCCCACGUGAUGGCUGUGGUUCCAAGCAGCUAAGAAAAUAAACCUUCAACAUACUCCACAUGUGUUGGCUUCAUUCUUCUCUGCUUGUCCUGCGGUGGGCACUGUUAGGGGCUGAGACCGCAGCGUUGUCUUCUCCCCAGCACCUUCCCAGGUGGAGUUAUCUUUAGAUUUAUCUGUGCCUGUGACAGAGGGCUGCGAGCCCACAGGCCCACCAGUCCGAACAAAAGGGGCUACAGAGGGGUGCCAACAGUUUACAGCCCAGUUCAGCCAGCUGCUGUGAUAUAACGGGGGCAGGGACCCACAGACCCACACCCCGGGAAAGGGGAAAGGAGAAAACUGGGGAAGGGCACGGAGACGGGAGACAGGCCUGAAACCAAAACAGUGGCAAUGAUGUGAGGAGGAAAGACGGUUUCCCAGAUCAUAGAAUCACAGAAUCAUAGAAUCACAAGGUUGGAAGGGACCUGCAAGAUCAGCUAGUCCAAUCGUCCUCCCAUUACCCUUGCUACCACA